AAAGAAACAUGUUCAUUUUCUUCUCCUCUUUUGAGUAGUGUAGUGGAGUGUUAACUGUAUAGAGUAGUGACUAGAGAAGAAAGAAGAAAACUAAAGCACUAUCAUUACCGUUUACCUCCCACCUUUUUUUUUUCUUCUCAUCAUUUUAAAAGUUGCAUGGCUCUCUCUAGUGUUUAACUUAUUAGGGUUCUGAGAGUGAAGAGUCAAAGAGCAGUUGAAUUCAUUUCAUUUCUUGUAAUCUUGGAUCUUAAUCAUCAAUGGGGAAAUCACCAGCUAAAUGGAUCAAGUCUGUACUAUUGGGAAAGAAGACAUCUAGAUCCAGUUCGUCGAAAGGAAAAGAUAGCCCGAAAACUACAAGCGAAAAAGGGGCAGGGGAUGCGACUAAUGUAGAAGUCGCUGAUAUAUCUGUGGGCCAUCCUUCUGUCACACAGCCAACAUAUGCUUCCACUGAUAGAAAUGGAGAUCAUGCAGAGUCAGAGGAGGUGGCAGUGCCUACUGUAACACAUGAUCACGUGGCCCUAGUGCCAGGAAGUCAAGAUGCUGAUAAUCUGGGAACUGAAGAAUCUGUUGGACCAAAUGAUCCAGAAAGAGUUAGGGAAGAGGUUGCUGCUACAAAAGCACAAGCUGCAUUUAGGGGUUAUUUGGCUCGAAGGGCAUUUCGGGCUCUCAGGGGCAUCAUACGACUGCAGGCUCUUAUUCGAGGGCACUUGGUCCGGAGACAAGCUGUUGCAACUUUGUGUUGUUUGCAAGGAGUUGUGAAGUUACAAGCCCUGUACCGUGGUAAACAAGUUAGGCAUUCUGAUAUUGGUGCCGAAGUGCGUGUCAGAUGCACUACCGUUAAACUUUUGGAUGCCAAGUGUACAAGUUUUCCUGGAGCUAAAGCACUUAUUCUAAAUCAGAAGCCGUCACGAAUUGUCUUUGUUAGUAAGCUUCUUGGAUCAUCACAAAGUGCAAUGCCUCUCCACCUCCAAUAUAGUAUGGACGAACCAAAUUCAUAUUGGAGCUGGCUCGAGCGCUGGACUAUCUUUCAUGCUUGGGGACCUCUGCCUCAAACAAAGAAAUUUGUUGAUUCAAAAUCUCAAAAAAACAAGGUUAGUAAUGUAGAAGCGCACACUGCACGGUCAAAGCGUACUGUCCGGAAGGUACCGAGCAAUGGCUCAGUGCAUUCUUCUUCGGAAUCUGCAAAACCGAAGCGGAACUUAAGGAAAGUUCCAAACCAUUCUGUAGAUCCAGCACCAGAACAACCACAAAAUGAAGUUGAUAAGGUGAAACACAAUCUAAGAAAGGUUUCUAAUUCCACUAUAGAGACAGAGACCAACGAUCAACUUCCAUUGGAGACUGAGAGGCCAAUUCGCAGUGUAAGGAAGGCAUCAAGCCCCGCAGCUCCUGUUGUCCCAGAACAAAGCAAUGGCGACUGUGCUGAUAAGAUGUCAGCAGAUGCAGCAGUCGAGAUAAUUCAUCAGUCUGAUAAAGAAAUUGUGGGAACACCAGUGGAAACAGAUCAAUUGGAUGAUGUGACGCAUGAUAGCCCACCUGCAGUUGAGUUACCACAUCAAGAGAUCCACAGUGAAAGUGAAAAUGUUCCUGUGAGUAAUGGGGAAUCUAUCUCAAAAGAAGAAGACCUAGCUACCAACGAGAACCAAAAAGACAUGAAGAGGAGAUCUUCUUUCCCAGCAAAGCAGGACGAUCUGGAGAUUGGUUCACCAAAGACGCCAAAAUUGCCGAGCUACAUGCAAGCAACUCAAUCUGCCAAGGCAAAGCUUCGAGGACAAGGCUCUCCAAAGGUUGGCCACGAUGGGGACGAGAAGAGUAUAUUGACUAGGCGGCAUUCUCUGUCAUCAUCUGCCUCCAAUGGAAAAUUGAACUCAGCAUCACCAAGAACGCAGAGACUAUCAAGUGGAAAAGGUGGAAUUAAAACUGACAGAUCUCUAUCAGCUUCAAAAGAUGAGAAGGUCGUCCAAGCAGACUGGAGAAGAUGAUUUUGCAGGAAGUUCAGGUCUAGAGAACCUAUCAGAAUUUAACAUAAGGGAGUAGUAGCCUACACUCUACAGUCAUCUUUCGUUACAUGUUGUGUACAAUUCUGUUGAAUGUGGUACCAGCAAUUCCUUUUGCUUUUUCUCCUGUUCUACCGUUCGUGGUGGUAUUUUGAGUGCAUGUAUAGAGCUGUAGGCUUACAGUGUUGUUGACAAUUUCAGUUUUUUCUUGUUUCCAUUCUUUCAUCUCUUUUCCUGGUAAAUUGUUAAUGUCAAAACCCUAAUACAUGCAAGCUUAACAGAAUCCUGUCCUCAGUUGAAUGUUUGGUUUCAAGUUCUCUUUA